CUCAGUACUCAGUGGUCGGUGCGGUGAAAAUGUUACUGAAAGUGCCAUUUAUUUGGAUAGGAUACCUACUAAUAGAUAGAUUUGUCUCAUUCGCCUUCGCAGGAACAUCCACCAUACAACUUAACACGAGUCAUGAGCCAUGUAAUGUGACUGCAUCUAGAGAACGAACCAUCAGUAAUAAUACCGUUGUCAUAGACUUGGGAGACGAUAUGCGUCUUGAAUUUAUUAGUCAACAUUACAUGAAUCGUAUAAUAUGCAACGUGAGUCACCCUUCGAACACCCCUUUUGACUUCAAAGUUAAAGAAAUCGAUCCAAAGCUGAAUCCCGAUAACCAUGAGACGAAACUUGAUCGUAUGGUUAUUACAAUUAAAAAUGAGCGUGCGGCGGAAAUGGAAAGCAAACAAGAAAACAACGGUACCUUGAAAUAUUUAUAUGCAAUGAAG